AAAUUUGAACUGGGGGGAAGGAAGGGUUUUAGGGCAGGAGCGGCUUUCUUCGUCGGAGACCGGCCUCUGUUUAGGAGGGAAAAUCCGUCGUCGAAUCUGCACCGAAUCACCAUUCCCAAUCCCAAAAAUCUCUAGCCCUAACCCUAUUCGAUCAUCCGGAGCUUGAUUGCGAGUCCGCGGAGGAUUGAGAAGGUCUGACCUUUUCGUGGUCGUGUUGCUGUAGAUAUCAUAUGAUGAGCACGACAGCGCAGAGAACUCCCAAGUCAGGGAGGCAGUCACUGUUCUUCCAAGACUUGGCGACGCCUAUUUCUGCCCGUAGAGGGAAGUUCUCGAGCUCGGGUCAGGCCGCUGCAGUUUCAGCACUGUGGCGUGAGAACUUUGGGGCUUCUGAUCUUCCACCCCCUCCAGUAUUUACUUUGGAGGACCGGUCAGACUUCUCGCCUGAAUCUGGGAUUCCCGACUAUCCCAUGUCCCCGGAGAUCAAAUCGGAUCCGCGAACCCCAGUUCAAAGCUCAGGGAGGGACUUCUCAACUCCUUUGAAGAGCAAAUCGGAGGCGAGCACUUCUUAUGCACUGAAGAUGGGGCAGCAGACUCAGCAAGGUUCAGGGAGUUCGAGUUGGUGGUCUCCAGCGAAGGGUUCAGGUGAAUCAGAUGAGAAGGCUAAAGGUUCACCAGUUGAGGGUGUUGUACAAGCAGGUGCUUUGGUCAUUCUUCCACCUCCAAGAGAGGUUGCUAGGCCAGUCUGGCCUGAGAUGCAGAAAAAUGCCAUGCCUGCAGGAAACCUUGAUGAGGAAGAAUGGGUUACCGUUUACGGAUUUUCUCCAGGGGAUACCAACUUAGUAUUGCGGGAGUUUGAAAAGUGCGGUGUGAUACUCAAGCAUGUACCUGGUCCAAGAGAUGCCAACUGGAUACAUAUUCUCUAUCAGAAUCGAUCGGAUGCCCAGAAGGCUCUGAGCAAGAACGGGAUGCAGAUAAAUGGGGUUCUUCUUGUGGGUGUGAAGCCAGUAGAUCCGAUGCAACGCCAAGCUCUGAAUGAAAGACUCGACAACAACAAUCAGGGAUUCAUGCCCGUGCCCCCAUCUUCAAGCAGAACAGCUGAUUUGAUUUCACGGAAAGCCUCUCCCAAUCCAUAUUAUCUUCAGAAUGGCACCAAACAGUCUGGGGGAGGCGCUAUUGCUUCUCCAGCAAAGUCUGUGGUCUCAAAGGUCAUGGAUUUGAUGUUUGGCGUUUAGAAGUUAUUGGUUAUAUCUCGGAGAUUCUCAGUGAAAUAGUGAUUUACAAAUGAGCAUAUGAUGUAAACUGUCGUUCCGAUUGCGCCCUUUUUGGAAUGGGGUCGUUAGAUUAAGUAUGGUCUUUGCUUGGCAAGGAGGUGAUUUUUUCGUUUCUACCUGAGGAAGAAUGUUUGUGAGAAGAAUCAUAAUUUUUUAUUGGAGCCAAAUGGAGGACAGUUUUAAAAUUGUUGUGGAUUCAAAGAGGGAUGAAUUGGUCCAUUUUCGAAUGCA